AUGCAAAGCUCCUGCACACUAUGCAGGAAGAGGAAGAUUCGGUGCAAUAAGGAAUCGCCCUGUAGUAGCUGCAUUCGUUCGAAGUUGCCUGAUGGUACAUGUGUAUACGAUAACCCGAACGCAACACCCACGCGUCGACAACCCGGAUCGAGCCUUCAGCCCGCCCAGCAGCCUACACUGGCACCCCGUUCAGCUUCUGUUAUUCAGACCGCUGAAGGAGGCUCCAGCGCACUUGGGCAGCUCGACACUGUGAAAGAAUCUGAUCUCACCUUGUCUAAUAACGAUGAUGCUGCAAAGCCAACGAUGCCACCCACAAGGGCGGCAUCUCCCAGUCAGUCAAGUAGAGACAAAACAAUUACCAGAAUUGCUCAGCUCGAGGAAGAGAUUCUUCGACUAAAACGAACGGGAACUGAAGAUCCCUCCAUUGACUCAAAUUCAAAUCUGAGCCUUGCCCACCAAAGGAAUAUCGCCGAAGAGGCUGCGGUAGCUUCCAAAGGGUUAAUCUCCGUAUCAGAGUUCAGGAGCGAAAUAUUCGGCGAAGCACGGUUUACUAGCCGUUACAUAAUGCAUAAGCGUCGCUUAUUUGGACAGAGUCAUUGGGGUAGUUGCCUCGUGUUGUUUCGUGACCUCUUCGAAAUAUUUGAAGGCCAAGACUCCUUGGAAACCGCUUCGACCAUCUCCGUUGACAUCAACAAAUGCAAGGAGUAUGCUAGAAUUAUCAAGGCUAAUCAAGCCGCUCCUUGGCCUUCGCUUCCAACCCCAGACGUCCCUGCUCGUGACGUUUGCGAUAAGCUCAUUGACUGCUACUUACGAACUACAGAGAGCGUGUACCGCGUUAUUCAUAUCCCCUCGUUUAUGAAAGAUUACACUGCGUUUUGGCAAUCGAAGGCCGAGCCCAGCAUGAACACUCUUGUCCCCUUAAAGCUGAUGAUGGCCAUUGGCGCUACCGUCUUCGAUCGGAAUUUCUCCCUGCGUUCAACAGCCGUUCGGUGGAUUCACCAAGCUGAAGCUUGGCUUUGCCGUCCUGACUACAAAGCUCGUAUCAAUCUUGGCACGAUACAAUGCCAAAUUCUACUCACCUUCGCGCGGGAAGCCGUCGGUCUUGCCUGGAGUCAUACAUGGCUGUCCAUUGGAGAUCUUCUUCGCACAGCAAUUUACAUGGGUUUGCAUCGUGACCCUUCAAGAAUGCCAAGGCGGACACUUCUUGCCUCCGAGCUUCGUCGUCGAAUAUGGAACACAAUACUAGAGUUGGUAGUGCGAACAAGCGUUACCGCCGGAGGCCCUCCUCUCCUUUCGCUGGAUGACUUUGAUACGCUUCCUCCAGGAAACUUUAAUGAUGAUCAACUCAUGGAUGACGAUUCUCAAUCGAAGCCAGAGGAAGAGUUUACGCAAUCGUCCAUAUCCAGGAUGAUGCGAUCCACUUUCUCUACUCGACUGACUAUCACCAAGUCGCUCAAUGACUUAGGCGGAAAGAACACAUACACCAAUACGCUGCACCUUGAGAAUGAGCUACGGAGUGCCCAAAAAGCUAUGAGACAUACGAUCCAAGCCUGUAAAUCAAACAAAGCACCAAAUUCUCUUUCUCCCUCCUCAUUCCAACUUUCCUAUCUGGAUAUGGUUUUUCGUCGUUUCCUUUUGUCUCUCCAUGUACCUUGGUUUGGUCCCUCUUUGCAGGAUCCAACAUAUGCAUACACGCGGAGAAUCGCAGUCGAAACUAGCAUUGCUUUGUGGAGAAUUACGGAUGAAGGGGGCGCAUCAUCCAUCGAUACUUCAUAUACUGAUUUCGUGACCAUGUCUGCCUACCGAACAGGCUUUCUUCACGCAGCAAUCAUCCAAGCUUCCCAUAUACAACUUGCAGAAAUUAGCUCUCAAUUGAGAGAACAAAAUGAAGGGAUUUUAUGGACGCCAGUCAACUCCGAUCUGUUACCCGUUUUGGAAGGGGCAAGCGAAUGGACCUUUCAAAUUUUGCGAGAUGGGGAAACAAACAUCAAGGGUUAUCUCGUCAUGGUCUUAGUCACCUCGCAGAUCAAGGCCGCCUUGGAGGGCACCAGCGCGGAUGAAAUGCCUCAUGUCGUAGCUAGAGCUAUCAUUGAGGCAAAAGAUAGGUGCCUUUCGUUGCUCGAAGGCGAAGUCUUGCGUUCACGUACAGAGAGAAUGCUUUCGGAAACACCCCCUGCCUUGCCAGAAACCUGUCUGGAGGAUUGGGACCUCACGAUCCCCGAUACCGAUUUCUCUACAACUCCUGGGUUUGAUCCGGUGGCUUGGAUAUUCGACGGUUCGAUCUUACAAGGGCCUCAAUUUUGUUCAGCACUGUAUCAGUGA